AUGGAGAAUUAUGAGAAUUAUGCCAGAAGAAUUCAGGCGUAUUGGAGAUCGUUUAGGGACAGAUGGCUCUUCAGACUCCUGAUGAAUACUGUACGCUACACUCAGCAGAACAGUGUCUGGCAUCAGCUCAGUCCCAGAGAAGCUGAGCUCCUGAAAGACCCCAGUCUGAAGUGCAAGAUCAGAUUCAGGUUUGCAGGUCCUUGGUUUCCACUCUCAGUUGUCUUCAAGAUUUUCCACAUUGGAGGAGGAGGACACUAUCUGUCUGGCAAAAAAGUCUUUUCUCCCUCCAACCAGGCCACAGCAGACGCCUGCAGAAUGAUGGGAAACAGAGCAUUUAUGGAUCUCAUUUCAAUGGAUGAGUUUCACAGAGCUGCUGUUAAACCACAAGAUGUGAUUUGCAUGAGAGACUAUAUGCAGUAUUCCAGCCACUUGGAUGAGCUUCCAGCAUGUGUAAAAGGAUGGAGGUUCCUGUCUCUGAAGGUGCUGUCCCGGGAAGUCAUGCUCAGAGAGGGUGUAAAGCCAGGAACAAGAGGUAGGUUGAAGACAGCACUGCUGUUCAGACAUCUCGCCCGCUCUCAUUUGGCUGGACAGCAGCUCUCACACAGAUAUUAGAUGAACAGAAGCAUAUGGACAGCAUUAACACACGCGACAUGAAGAAACUGAACGUGACGACUGAGAAACGGGACAUCAGGAUAGUUCUACCAUCAGUUGAGACUGAAGAGUCUGAAUGGGAGGAAGAGGCUGAGAAACUGUGCAACUGGUCAAAACAACUGAACAUAGAUGCUGUGGAAACACCUGAGUUCAUUUAAAUGGAGAAAUAACA